ACAGAUCUACAGAAGUAAGUAGACCUACACUGCGUAAAGGUAAAGAAAAGAUGGAAUGCGUUUUUCUUCUCCUUCUUCAUGUCCUACUGUUAGCUCAUGCCAUUAAUGAACCACCACCGUACCAGACCGAUCCGAUGUUGCUUGGAAAUGGAGUGAAAGCAAUGACAAUAUAUCCUGGUGGUAUUGAUUAUCUUGGCAUAGGCUACAAUUUGCUCUACGGUAACCCAGAUGGCAGCCCAACGACUGCUGUCCUAGAUCCAGGACUACGCCCAACUUGGAGAGUAUUUGAUUGGACCUUCAAUAAAGGGCGUUCAACACCAGAUCAGGUUGCCUUUACUCAAUCAUCAAGUUGUGCCAAAUCCCAGAAUCUGGAUCUAUUCCACAAUGCAUACGCCUAUGCGUCAAAAUUUGAAAAACAAGUUGGCUACAAAUCUGGUGUUCGCUUCAGAUUUGCAUCCACAAAACACAGCCAGAGCGAUUAUUAUAAAGUAAUAUCAGCGUCAUUGCAAACCAAUGCAUACAUUUACUAUGAAGAAUUAAACUUGUGCCAUCUCGGGCAGGCACGGCUUACAUCAGAGCUUGCGGGGAUCGACGACUAUCCGCUUUCCAAAACAUUCGUACAUAGGGCGAAUGCACUUCCGGCUAGGUACAUACAAAAUAGUUCCGACCCCGACUAUAUGCAAUUCAUUCAUGAUUUUGGAACUCAUCUUGUGUAUCAAAUUAAUCUCGGAACUAAAAUCAUGAAACGUUAUCAAUGGACGAGUACAGAUUUUGCAUAUUAUUCUGCUGAACACUAUUCUUCGAGUACCUUUGAUGGAGGUUCGUUUCUGGCUUUCAAGAAGUCAAUUUCUGUCAACACUGACUCGCUGAAAGGGGUCAUGGAUACUGGAUUCAGCGCUGGCUUAGAAAUUGGUACUUUCACACUUGGCGACGACAAACUUGCUAUGUUAUAUUCUUACACCCUGAUGGGUAUGGAAGAAGUCUUUGAAGCUGAAUAUUGGCAGUUGAACGAUAACUACGUCAGCGCGGGAAUUCUUUCCAAUGAUUUCUAUGGACGUCUGUCGACUAUGCAAUCCAACAUGGAACUAGCGUUAGCAGACUACCCUUUCUGGUUGAACUGUGAUGAAACAAAGAAAGACCCUAUCGUGACAGUGCCUAUAACUUGGCCUAAGGGAGCAUUUGGACUUCCAAAGACCAACACCGGAUGUCCAAAGACACCGGGCUUUACUUUUCAUUCCGGUUGGAGGUUUCAAGAUUGUGAGGAUAAUAACAAUGGCAACCGUUGGUCAUCUCCGCUCCACUUUGUUAGUGGUUCAUACGGCAGAGACAUAUAUCAGCAUUUUUGUGUGAAGACACAAGACACGGUCACAAAGUAUGAUGUCGAUUGGCCGAAGGGAGAAUAUUGCGUGUUCAAACAAUCCAAUAACAACUGUCCUAAAG